ACCAAACAUUGGAUCUAUUUAUGCAGAAGGAUCCCAAAUUCUCAAAAAUAUCAACAAUCCAAGGAGCAGAGUGCAGAGUGAUGGCUUCUCCUUCUCCUCGUACUAUCCAUGUUGUUGUUUUCCCUUUCAUGUCCAAGGGCCACACAAUUCCUAUCUUCGACCUUGCUCGCUUUCUUCUCUGCCGCAAAAUUUCCAUUACCAUCUUCACCACUCCUGCAAAUCGUCCAUUCUUCUCCAAUUCCCUUUCCGACACCAACAUCAAUAUCAUCGAAAUCCCUUUUCCUCAAAACAUACAAGGAGUUCCACCAGGUGUGGAAAGCACUGAUAAACUUCCGUCCAUGUCCCUUUUUGCUACUUUUGCCAAUGCCACUAAAUUGAUGAAACCCCAUUUUGAAAAGGCCUUGGAAUCUCUUCCCCCAGUUACUUUCAUGAUCACUGAUGGCUUUCUCGGCUGGACUUUAGAUUCAGCUAACAAAUUUGGUAUCCCAAGACUCGUUUAUUUUGGCAUGAAUGCAUUUUCAAGGGUCUUGAUGAUUUCAGCUGCUUCAGUUCUUAGGACACAAGUGUCUGAUGAUGAGCUAUUUGAAGUCCCUGAUUUCCCCUGGAUUAAAAUCACUAGGAAUGACAUUGAUUUACCCUUCAGAGACCGGGAACCCAAAGGCCCCCUUUUCGAUUUUGUCAAGGAGCAAUCCAUGCCGACCUCUAAAAGCUAUGGUCUACUUGUCAACAGCUUUUACGAGCUUGAAUCUGUUUAUGUAAACUGUUGUAACCGUAUAUCUAGUCCUAAAUCAUGGUGCAUUGGACCUUUAUGUGUGUUUCACAAGCCGGCAAAAGAACAACAGGGAGUCUCAGAGAAACCUUCGUACAUCAAAUGGCUUGACGGAAUGCUAGAACAGGGGAAGCAAGUUUUAUACGUCGCAUUUGGGACCCAAGCAGAGUUAUCUCCUGACCAAUUCAAGGAAAUCAAAAUUGGGUUGGAGAAAUCCCAAGUGAACUUUUUAUGGGUAGUCAGGAGAACCAUAGAUGAAACUGACGACGAGUUUGAAAACAGAGUAAAAAACAGGGGACUGGUGGUAACAGAGUGGGUUGAUCAAAGAGAAAUCCUGAGCCACAGAAGCGUUGAAGGUUUUCUAAGCCACUGCGGUUGGAAUUCAGUGAUAGAGAGCAUAUGCGCGAAGGUGCCUAUACUGGCAUGGCCAAUGAUGGCAGAUCAACACCUGAAUGCAAGAAUGGUGGUGGAGGUAAUCAAGAUUGGACUAAGGGCUGAGACGUGCGAUGGGUCAGUGAGAGGGUUCGUGAAGUGGGAAGGACUGGAAAAGUCAGCAAAGGAGUUGAUGGAAGGAGAUAAAGGCAAAGAGGCAAGGAAGAAAGUGAAGGAGAUUGGAGAAGCAGCCAUUAAUGCUGUAAAAGAAGGUGGAUCAUCAUGGCAAACGUUGAAUGAGCUGAUUGUAGAGUUAACUGAAAGUAAAAGUGUUUGAAUUGUG